AUGGUCGACUCUGGUGCCGACGGUGAGUGUGCUCUUCCCACCCAACAGAAGGCGAGCUCGCCCUCUAGCUCGAAUCCGCUCCCUCGCUACCGUGUGUUUCGCCUCGCUGACCUCGCACAAUGAUCCCGGUCCGCUCGUCGUCGCGCUCGCUUGAUGCACGUGCUCCUAUCCCCCCGGCCCCUCGGUGAACGCUACCCUACGCUCGCGUCGCCACUUCGUAUCUGCAGUCCCCGUCGCUUCGCCUGUCGCCUCGCCUCCACCUGCCCCCGCUGCUGCUGCCUCGACCCCGGUCGUGCCAGCAACCAACGGCGCGUCGACGACCCAUUCGACGUCGCAAUCCAAUGGCUCGACGCCCGCACCACCAACUCCGGCGGGCGAAGCGCUAGCUGAACCAUCAUCGACCGUUGUCGCACCGAGUGCAGAGCCUGGCGCGACCACCACCGGCGCGAGGGAGGCGACACCUGCCAGCUCCACUUCCACUUCCGCCUCUGCCACUGCGCCUCGCACCCCGGCAGCUGCAGGUGCAGCUGCAGCACCGGGAACAGCUUCAGCUCCUGCACCGAGAUCUGUGUCGACACCUGCACCCCCGCGCAAGCGAGGUCGACCACCCAAGAACGCUCAGGCUCAAAGCAACAACCCGACGCCGGCAGGAACUCCUGCAGCCGCCGCGACCGUCGGCGACAGCAAAUCGUUCCUGAAUGGACAGGUCUCCUCCGUUUCGGUCGCGCCACUGGUCCCACCACCACCGCCAAAAGACCCGCUGGAGGACGUCACCUUGACCGACGAGGAGCGACGGAAGAUGUUGGUCGUUCUGCACAGGUGCGCUAGCGACCGAGCCAAAAUUUGACCGACUCGGCUCAUUCACUCACCAUUUACUUCUGCUUCUCCCUGUGCGUAGUCUCGACCCGUCUCACAUCCUUUCCCAACCCAUCACAUCACCUGAUGCUCCACCGAUCACACUUUCCGAGCUGCUUUCGAACGCAUCCUCGACCAUCCCUCACCUCCGAGUCAGUAUCACGCUCGUAUUAUCCGGAGGAUGUGCUUACCAAUGACUGACCCUGAGAGCUCUCGGAAUGUGACCAGACCAACCUCAACACCGCAUGCACAACAUCCUUGGUGCUCUCCUUCACCACGGAGCCACCACUGCAAUGCGCAAUCGAGUCCUUCCGAUCAACCGCGUUGGGCAUGCUGACCGAACUCGGUCGCCUCCAUCUUCGAAAACGAUCAUCGACGACUGCCCCAAACGAAGGUUUGAAAACGGCGAUGACGCUCCCGAGACCGACGAAAAAAUACAUGUUGCAUCGAUCUCUGGUCGGUGGUGUCGACCUCUUUUCUAGUACGACCGUCUUGAGUGACGAGGAAGUGCAGUCUUUGUCGACCCGUGCGUCCCUAACCGGCCGGUUUGGCUCAAAAGUCUUACGCGCAACUGAUUUGCUGACUCCUGACCUACUUCUUCCUCAGUGCAAGACACCGACGUCGUCUCAGUUCAUGCCCUGACCUUCCCCAGUUCCACCACCUCUGCCCCCGCCCCGACCUUGGGCCACCUCAACCCUCGACCCUACGUCCAAACCCGUCCGCCUCGUCCCCUCCCCCGUUCCAAGCCCUCCCAAAUGCUCUACUACGACCCUUUCCAAUCCUUUGCGCCCAACUACGAUUCCUCAGGCGCGACAUUGGAUUAUCAACGGUCUGUCGCUUAUGUCGAUUCGAGAACGCGGGUGUACGAAUGGGAGAGAGACUUGGUUGAGGCGAGGGAUGGUGGAGAGGUGGGUUCGGAAGAAGGGCUGAAGGCUUUGCAGGGUUUGGCUGGGAAGGAGUUGGAGUUGAUUAAUGAGGUGUUGAGGACGGAGGAAUGGAAAAAGGUUGUGGAGAUGCAGGCUGAGGCAGUGCAGGAGGAGGAAGUGGAGGCUGGCGAUGUCGAUGCGAGGUUGAAGAGGAAUAAGGCUUUGUUGGAGAAGCUCAUCAAAGCUCAAUUGGCGAGGACUCUGUUACCGCCACCACCGCCGCCACCGCCGAAGAUGGGCCCACAUGAGUCAGGGUUGUUGGCAGGGGAAGCAGAGAACCAGACUGGUGCGUGGCAUGCCUUCUUCCACUUGCGCUAGCCUUUGUACUAACCCAAUGGGGGUUCUUGAUUCGUGGCGGCCCACAGCCGACAAGCUCAUUUCCUCCUUGUCGACAAUUCUCCAAUCGAUCGCGCCCUCGAACUCAGCCACCGAGCGACGCCGCGUCUUCCCUCCUGUCGACCGAGUUCGAGCCGCGACGCCACGCAUCAUGCAACGCCUGGCCAAGGACGAAUGUUCCUUCGGGAAUCUGGAUCCGUACAACUGGAGGGCUCUCAAGGAAUCGACGUUGGUCUCUCCUCCCAAGGUGGAACAAUGA